AUGUCCCCAAAGGCUGUCCGCUGCGAACCACCCCGCCAGUCCCAGUGUGAGCGGCCAGGUGUUGGAGAUGCGCCAUCCGAGGCCGGGCGCCAAUAUGCGAGCCACAGAAUCGACAGUGACAGUGGAACAGGCGGUUCCAGACGGGGUUGUCGAUGUAGAGAGUGUAAUGAACACGGCCGAGGGAAUGAAGAAACCUAG